ACAGCUACCUUCAGAUGAUACAGGACUCACUGACAAUCACUCUCGCACCAGUUCUACUUCAUGAGCACUUCAGAAGAUACUAACUGAGUGAUAUUUGGCCAGGCCUAAAAUAUCUUCCACUCCAGAUUUGAAAGUAGUGGAAAAGUUAGACAAUUCUCUCUUGGGAAGARACUGCUUGUAGUUAAUUCAGAAGUCCACAUUGUUUCAGAUCUCUAAGCAGAUGGUACGUGAACAAUACACAACAACAACACCAGGCACUUGCCUAGAGAGGCCAAAGAACGAAUAUGUCUACAAAAUUGGCAUUUAUGGCUGGAGAAAGCGUUGCCUCUACCUGUUUGUUCUCCUCCUGCUGAUCAUCCUAGUUGUGAAUUUUUCUUUGACAAUUUGGAUUCUUAAAGUGAUGUGGUUUUCUCCAACAGGCAUGGGACAUCUCCGUGUUACAAAAGAAGGUCUUCGUCUAGAAGGGGAGUCAGAAUUCUUAUUCCCUCUUUAUGCCAAAGAAAUUCAUUCUCGAGUGGACUCAUCGCUGCUUCUCCAGUCUACUCACAAUGUGACUGUGAAUGCUCGCAAUUCAAAUGGGGAGGUCACAGGCAGAUUAAAUGUGGGUCCUAAAAUGGUAGAAUUUCAUGGUCAGCAAUUUCAGAUCAACUCCAAGGAUGGCAAGCCACUUUUUACUGUGGAUGAAAAUGAGGUUGUAAUUGGCACAGAUAAACUUCGAGUCACGGGGCCCGAAGGAGCACUUUUUGAACACUCUGUAGAAACACCGCUUGUGAAGGCAGAGGCUUUUAAACAGCUUAGAUUGGAAUCGCCGACUCGGUCUUUGAGCAUGGACGCACCAAGAGGAAUUAAUAUCAAAGCACAAGCUGGGAAUAUUGAAGCUCUUUCCCAGAUGGAUAUCAAGCUGCACAGCAGUGACGGCGUGCUUUUGCUGGAUGCUGAAACYGUGCGAUUGCCCAAGUUGCCGGAGGGAACAAGAGGGGGAUCGGGUAUUUCUCAGGGGCUCUACGAGAUCUGCGUGUGCCCGGAUGGAAAGCUCUACCUGUCAGUGGCUGGCGUGGGCUCCACGUGCCAGGAGUACAGCCGCGUCUGCCAAUAAAGCACCAGAAAAUGCCACAUAUUCCCUUGCUAUUYGGAGUUUUGUAUUACUACUAACAGCGCGUUACUGAAAGCAGAAAUUUGAAAAAGAAAGCACUUCAGGAAAUGAAUCUGUACCUAGAAACCUGGACUGCAGGCUGGAAGGAGCAGAAGAGCACAAAUGCCAUCUUAGCUUCAGAAGAAAGACUCAGAUUAAAUGAAAUUUUCCCCAGUACCAUUUGAAAUCAGCCAUACGGAGAGCCCUGAGAAAAAAUAACAGGAAURUUUCCAACUCUGAGCUAUUAUUCAGUCAAAUGAUUAGGUCAUUGUUAAUAUUUUUGAGCCUCAUUGUGUUUUUCUCUCACUAAAUGUAAGCACUUGCUGCAUUAUUGGGUGAGAUUCACUUGAAGGGAUUACUUGAACUAUUUCAGAAGACAAAGUGUUAUUUGGGGAACUCAGAAAGUGCCAGGAAAUGGUCUAUGCAAUUUUGUUCUUGCAAUAACAUAAAAUAUGAAAGAAAAUGUGUGUGUAUGAGUUCUGCGCAAAAUGGGUUCAUUUGUUGAUAGCUUUUUAUUUUAACUUGAUUUGCUCAUUACGGAGAGCCACAUAAACAACAAACUAUCAGAAAAAGCUCCAGAAGUUACACAUUUAUACCUUCCUGUGUUUUCAAAGCUGUUAAUUGUACAAAAGAGAAUUGUUAGUAUAUUUUAUAAUAGCAAUAGUUCAUUGUACUGCCUGUACCAUCAUACUCAUUUAAACCCUUUUAUAUUUUAGGACAUGCUUAUCUAACAAGGYUAUUUGCUCUGCCAGCUGGACUAAUGAAAAGCAAACAAAAUCUUUAAUGCAGCUCGAAACUGCUUGGGCUCUGAGAGAGAAAAAAAAUCCUUUUUUUUGUUGUUGUUGCCKGCAGGAUUUGGUUAAGAGGACUGUGUCCAUCUGCAACUGUUGACUGAUAUUUCUGAUCGAAGUGGGACCCCAUCCCAAAUGGAGACUGUCAAACUAUUAUUUUUUACGUUAGGACUUUGGAUAUAGAGUAAAUGCUCACCAGAGUUGCCAAACCAUUUAUUGACUUUGUAGAGGAAUACAACU